AGUAAACUAAUGAUUGUAAUAUAAAAUAGUCAUUGUGAGACUUGACAAUCAUUGUUUAAACCCAUAUACUCCUGCAGCGAUAAAGAGGAGAAAGCUUUUCUUUCUUUUUCUAGUGGAAAUCCUUAUUUAUAUGUGUAUGUGUAAGUCUGCUUGUGGCUUUUGCUGAUUGUGAACCCGUAAACUACUCGACUUACUCACACUUAUACUUACCCGGAAUAGUCUUCCCAGUGAAGCGUGGUAAGUUUAGGAAACAUGAUUUCUUUACCUACUCAUAGCGAGUUGCUUUCUGAAGCAAAAAAGGAUAUGGAUCUAUUUCUUAAACACUAUAUUAACAUAACGCAGACGCGUAGAUGGACCGAUACAGAGGGAAAUUACGACGAUGACGAUGGCGAUGACAAUGGUGAUGAAAAUGAAAGUGACGAUGAAGACAUGACCUAUCUUGAACAACGAUCCCUCAAGGGUGAUCCACCAACGGUUGAUCAGCUAGGUCAAUCGCUAUGUCUCUUCGAACCCGAAGCAGCAUUGCGAUUUCUAAAUCGUAGCGAGAUACAGUCGGCCUUUCAAAGGACUUAUCUGGAACCGGUACUGCUAAAGGGCGACUUUGACAGCCUACCGAUCGACAUGGUGCCCGUGCUCCUGGUGUUCGAUAGUAUGCAUGAGGCGUCGCGACCACAUGAAUACCUCCAGUCGGAGAUCGCCAUGGACCCAAAGGGAAGUGAUGUCCACGUUGUAGAAUUUAUCAUCGAAGUUGUUCUCUUUAUUAUGAGCGACGAAUGCCAGGAGGAGUUUGGGUGGGAGAUAAUCGAUCCUCUGAUUCUUGCUACAAGAGACCUCGUCUACAUCGCCGCUAUGAUGAUAGAUUUGCUUGCCAGACAAGCUCUAGGAGUUGAUCUGGAUCUAGAACUGUACGACGGCGGUACCCGCGCCCCUGUUGGUACCCCUAUUCAUUUAUGGUAGACGUCGUGAGAAGCCUGUCAAAUUUAGAUAGUUGAAUUGAAGGGAUCUGUUAGUUUAGCUGGUUAAUACAUACAUAUUAUUGAAAGAAUACUAUAAUUGGUAUCGUUAGAACAUGUCUGUUUGUCUUGACCACUAGAAUAUAAUUUCCAU